AUGGUGACGCGCAAACGGAACGAGUACCUCGACGUAGAGGAGAGCGAGGACGAUGAGAGGGGCUAUGAUUCUGAGGAAGAGAGCAGAGCGCGCAUGCUGCCAGCAUCGAAACGCCAAAAGACAGACCAUGAUUCAGGAACAGAAGAAGACCAGGAAGACGAGAACGAAGAUGCGAAAUCUCAAGGCGACAACGACAACGCAGAAGACGAAGACGACGAGCCAAAACCCUUUGCCUCCAAGAGCGCCGAAUUAGCCCAUCUUGAGAAACUCGCCGCAUCCCUUCCUUCUGAACUGAGACUACAAUCCACGAAACUCGGCAAAGUGCUACCCCAAUCUCCACUUAAAAAGGACAAAUCCGGCGUCAUAUACCUCUCGCGCGUUCCACCAUUCAUGAAGCCCGCCGUUCUUCGUUCGCUAUUGCAGCCCUACGGCGCUGUCGGUCGCAUAUUCCUCACUCCCGAAUCCUCCACAGCGCGCACACAACGGCUGCGCAACGGCGGCACACGCCGCAAGCUCUUCCUCGACGGCUGGGUCGAAUUCCUGCACAAGCGCGAUGCCAAGUUCGUAGCCGAGAAUCUCAAUGCGCAGACCAUGGGCGGCAAGAAGAGAGGCAGAUGGCACGAUGAAGUGUGGAAUAUCCGGUACCUGAGCGGCGUCAAGUGGCACAAUCUUGUCGAGCAGAUUCAAAACGAGAAUGCGGAGCGCGCAGCACGACUCAGAUUCGAAAUUGCACAGGGCAAGAAGGAGAACAAGGCGUUCUUGGAGAACGUGGAGCGCGGCAAGGUGGCUAGUGGAAUUGAGGCUACGCGAAGAAAGAGAGGUGAGGAUCUGGAUACCGAUCAGAACGCGGCAGAGACAGCGGAUGCGGUACAAGAAGCGGGUGAGAAACCCAAGAGGAGAAAGGGCAGACUCGAGUUCUCACAACAUACAACGACAAGCAAGGCGAUGAAGAAGCCGGAGCCGGGCCAGGACGUGAAUAGAGUGCUCAGUAGUAUGAUGUGA